AAAGGGAGCCACUGGAGCGCCACUCUCAGUCUGAUGGGCCAGCGCUCGAAUUCAUCAUCAUCAUGAAGCUGCCUCAUGUGUGGUCAUGUGAUCGCAAAGCUGCUUCCUGGGUGUCGCGGUGAGGCUCCCAGGAAAACAGGCAGUGGGAGAGGCACCCUGUUUUCCUGGCAUCCCAACCAUGAUCCAAAUGGGGAUGCUGCCUUGUGGCUGCCCUCCAAUAACAAGAAAGCAUCGAAUGGCAUGCUGGUGGAAGUCGGACUCCCUUCUGGUUGUUCUCCCAGAGGGCAAAGAGCUUAUUCAUUUGCAGUGCAGAAAUUCUCUCAGACGCUUCAGUCCUUUCAGUUUGACUUUAUUGGGGACACGCUGACGGAUGAUGAAAUUAAUAUUGCUGAAUCCUUUAAAGAAUUUGCGGAGCUGCUCCAGGAGGUGGAACUUGAGAGGUCGAUGAUGGUACAGAAUGCCAGCGAUUUGCUGAUCAAGCCUCUGGAAAGCUUUCGUAAGGAUCAAAUAGGACUCACCAAAGAACGGAAGAAAAAAUUUGAGAAGGAUGGUGAGAAGUUUUACUCCAUGUUAGAUCGCCACUUGAAUUUAUCUUCAAAGAAAAAGGAAACCCAACUACAAGAGGCUGACCUACAGGUAGAUAAAGAACAGCACAUUUUCUUUGAAUCUUCCCUGGAAUAUGUGUACCAAAUCCAAGAAGUGCAGGAAAGCAAGAAGUUCUGUAUGGUGGAGCCUGUUCUGGCUUUUCUUCACAGCCUCUUUACCUACAAUAACCUGACAGUUGAGUUGACACAAGAUUUCCUUCCAUACAAACAGCAGCUUCAGCUCAGCUUGCAGAAUAGAUUGGGUUUCCGGGGUCCGCUGAAUGCGGAAUAUGAAGAGGGUGCGCAAGUGGAUGAAGCUCCCCUGAUGGCCCGGCGCACGGUCUCGGCCGAACGUCUAGAGGGGCGUCAGGAGUUCUACGAUCCAGGUGGCGGGGUGUGCGAUGGAUGGGUGCUUCAAGAGCGGCACUUCACCACCCGCCAACAUGUGGAUUACAAACCAGUGAUGCGAACGGUCACGGAGGAAGUCGGAGUGUCGACCAUCCAUGGAGACACCCAGGAAUCUCUGGAGAAAUUCCUGGAUCAAUACCUCGAGGAGCCUCCUCCUGAACAUCACUGGCAGAGCACUGGAGCACGCCCGAAAGGGUCACGCUCAUCAGCACCCCGAGAUUCCAUGGAAGGUGUUGUGGAUUUACAAAAAGGGUCCCGAGUUUGA